CCACCACACCCAUCUGUGUGUGUGUGUGUGUGUGAGUGUGUUUGUGCGAUUGAGUGUUGUCUGACCGUUGCUGCGUUGUGUUGGUUUUUUUCCUGUUCUGCAGAUAACACAGCUGUCCCACAGAACUGCCUGCAGAGAGCAUGAACGACCAGACGACUCCGGUUCCGUCUGUCCAAACAUCGGCCCCAUUUGUUCCUAGGUUUCCAGACCUCGUCACCAGGAUCGGACAGAAGGAUAUCUAUGCUCAAACUGAGGACUUUGCUGCUUUAAUUGGAGGAAUCAUCAGCGGCGUCCUGCUGACCUUCAUCUGCACAAUCGCAGUGCUGCUAUGGUGUCUGUCCAGACAGAAAGGCUCCUACGCCACCAAUGAGACCGACGAAGACGAGGACGAAGGCGACGGCCAGUCUGUGGAUUCCGAUUUCGAACUCCAGUCCAAGAAACCCCUGAAGGCUGAGGAUGACUGAAGAGAGAGGAAGAGAUCGGAAAUCCGAUCCAGGACUGAGGACCUUUGAAGGGAUCAGUUUUUAAACGUUUUAACAAGUUUAGGGAUUAAACUUUAACUAAUGAAGCAUCAAGCAGUAAAUGAUUAAAAAAAAAUCAACUUUUAAUGUCCUUGAAUGAAAAAAAUAUCAAACGUUUUUGUACCACAAAAGAUUUUCCUAUGGUUUGUCUUUAAGAUAGUUUUGGACGCCGUCAUCAUCAUCAUCCGCAUCUUACCGUGGCUGAGACCAGACUUCGCAGCAAAAUGAAAUCAUUCGAAAAUAAAAAUAAAAAAAUUCCAUCAAAAUGGUUCAUAGUUGUUUAUAGUGAAGCGUUCUUUUCUAAAUAAAUCUUUCAGAUUUGCUUUUUUGUAGUUAUUUCAAUUCUGAUAUUUAUAAUAAAUGUUUUUUUUCCCUCCUG